AUGACAAUAAAGAGGUCAUCUCAAGCAUCAUCGAUCAAGCAAAUCUUAAAGAGAUGCUCGAGUCUAGGGAAGAAGAAGAACGUCAAUGGUUGCUACUAUAAUAAUGAAGAUGAUAGUUUUCCACAAGACGUGCCAAAAGGUCACUUUCCGGUUUACGUUGGACCGAACCGAAGUCGGUACAUCGUUCCCAUCUCGUGGCUCGAACACUCCGAGUUUAAAACGUUGCUCCGACUAGCAGAGGAAGAGUUUGGUUUUGACCAUAACAUGGGUCUUAUCAUACCCUGUGAUGAAGUGUUCUUCAGGUCUCUAAUCUCCAUGUUCAGAUAAAGUGGUCGAAAACUUCCAAGAAAGCUGAAUAAUGGCUACGCGAUGGUCUCUGUAACGAAAUUAAAAUUUGAAAAAACGGCUAACAAGAUCCGUAUUAGCAAGGCAUCAACCCCCGGCGUGGGGGUUUUUUUGUUCUUUUUUUUUUCUUUCGAAGACGAAAAUUUGUAAUAGUUGGAGUUUUUUUCCCCUCAAGUCAGCGUGAAAGAUUGGCCAGUGAUCUUGAGAGGAGUAGCUAGUUAACUUCUGUAAAUCCGUUAUGAUCAAUCAAAAAUUCUUCAUGUUCUU